UAUUAUAUCUGAUUUAGAUAAUCGAAGGAAUCUAAGAAUGCAUGUCAAUAAAGAAAUCCCAUCUCAUCUUCCAAUUCUGUUAGUUCCAGACGGAGUCCUACUUCCAGGAGCUUCUAUGAGGUUUUUGGUAACUUCUCAACCCAACAUGACGUUGAUCAAAUCAGGAUUGCUUUCUAAGAGUUCUCUUUCAAGUGCUGUUAUUGGUAUUCUACCUUCUGAUCCUGGUGAGCUGAUAAACAGCACAGACCAGCAGCUUGACCUGGCUAAUCAACUUGAGAACAGGGUAGCUACAGCAGCUGAAGUUGUACAGGUUACUGGAACGAAUUGGCCCCGACCUGCUUACAGCCUUCUGGUGACAGGACUGUCCAGGAUAUGGGUUGACAGGAUAAUCCAAGAUACUCCGUAUCUAGUUGGAUCUGUAACCUUGAGAAAUGAUUUUACUGAACCCAACCUAUCCAACUCAUCCUUCAUACAGGAGAGAUUAAACAAAUUUAAAGAGCUUUCUUUUCAACUACUAGAGUUAAUGGACACUAGCUUACCAACAGUUUCAAGGUUAAGAAUUCUUGUAGAGACCCUGCCUGUUCAUCAACUCCCAGAUAUCCUGGCUUCUAUUGUUAAAAGUUCCUACCCGGAGAAGCUGAGCGUCCUGAACUCCGUCUGUGUUGAGGAGAGGCUGGAGAAUACGUUCCCGCUUCUUCACCGACAAAUAGAAGGGUUAAAGAACAUCAAGAACAAACAAGAGCAAAGAAUAGAAAAGAAGAAAGGAGGAAAGCGUGGUAUGAUCAAAAUUCUGGCCGAGCCAGUAGAUUGGAAUUCAGGAGUGGAUGAUGGUGAUGAUGAAUUACAAGAACUGGAGAACAAACUAAAGGAACUCAAUCUACCAGAGAAGAUUCAGCGGACAGCAGGACGAGAGAUGAGAAGGUUAAAGAAAAUAUCUCCUCAGAUGCCUGAAUAUCCUAUGCUAAGACACUACCUGGAGCUGAUUGUUCAAUUACCCUGGGGAAUAUAUUCACAGGAGAACAUUGACUUAAGAAAGGCCCGAGCGGAUCUUGAUCAAGAUCACUAUGCGCUAAACUCUGUGAAAAGACGGAUACUAGAAUAUCUAGCAGUCAGGAAGCUUAACCCUGCUUUACGGGGACCAAUCCUCUGUUUCGCCGGCCCACCCGGAGUUGGGAAGACAAGUAUUGGGAAAUCUAUCGCUAAAACCCUCGGCAGAGAAUUUCAGAGAAUUUCCUUAGGUGGGGUUUCUGAUCAAUCUGAUAUCCGAGGACACAGGAGAACUUAUAUUGGAUCCAUGCCAGGCAGAAUUUUACAGGGGAUAAAACAGGCAGGAACUAGCAACCCUGUACUUCUUCUGGAUGAGAUUGACAAGCUUACUGUUGGUAUUCAUGGGGAUCCUUCAGCAGCACUUCUAGAGGUUUUAGAUCCCGAGCAGAACUCAAGUUUUGUUGAUCAUUAUUUAAACCUACCCUUUGAUCUAAGUCAGGUUUUGUUUAUUGCAACAGCCAAUUCUCUUUCUGAAAUAUCCAGACCACUUCUAGACAGGAUGGAGAUUAUAUCCGUCCCAGGAUACAGCUUGGAGGACAAGAUUCCUAUUGCUUCGCGCCACCUUUUCCCACGCCAGCUUGCAGAGCACGGUAUUCAGGAAUCAAGUAUUGUUCUUCCAGAAUCAGUUCUCAAGGUUAUUAUCUCCAGGUAUACCAGAGAAGCAGGAGUAAGAAACCUGGAGAGAGAGCUGGGAACAAUUUGUAGAGCCUUAGCGGUCAAACAAGCUGAACUGGAGGAUAAUCUAACACUCCAGAAUUCAGAAACCAAUGUUUAUGGAACACCAAUCACAAACAUGAAGAUCAGUGAAACCAUGAAGAGGGACGCAGAGAUAGCAGCGGAGCAAUCAAACUUUCCAUUUACACUAGAUUUAAAGCUAAUUGAGGAAGUUCUUGGACAGCCUAGAUUCGAAUCUGAGCUGGCCGGGCGCCUGGGAGUGGCUGGGGUUGCUGUAGGGCUGGCCUGGACAAAUGUGGGCGGGGAAACGAUGGUUGUUGAGGCUAGCAGGAUGUCGACCUCAAGGUCUGAAGGUCAGGUUAAGCUGACCGGACAGCUGGGCGGGGUCAUGCAGGAAUCUGCUGCACUAGCCAUGUCUUGGAUUAGAUGCAACGCUGAUAAGCUUGGUUUGGUUGGAGCUGAGCUGCUAGCUGAGCAGGACAUUCAUCUUCAUUUUCCUGCUGGAGCAGUAGAGAAGGAUGGACCCAGUGCAGGUGUGACCAUAGUAACUGCACUUGUCUCUCUGUUGACCGAAAGACUGGUAAGAUCUGAUCUAGCAAUGACUGGAGAAAUAACGCUGCGCGGACUUGUCCUGCCAGUAGGAGGGAUCAGAGACAAAGUCCUAGCAGCCCACAGGGUCGGUAUCAACACCAUCAUACUCCCCAAGAACAAUAAAAAGGAUUUGAAUGAAAUUCCCGAAAAUAUUGAAAAACUGAUGACGUUUCUCCCAGUUUCAAGUUUGGAGGAGGUUAUUCAAGCAGCAUUCCCAGGAGGGUUUCCUUUCAUUCUUAAUCAACAAACUUUUACAGAGCUUAGUAAACUCUAGUAAUGCACGGAAUCUAGGGGGUAUAAAUAGAGAUCAUUGAAACACUUUUUUAUCAUAAAAAGUUUAAUGAAUGACAAAACUUGUAUGUAAUACAGACUAAAACAUGCCAAAUGUUGUACCUUGCCUAAGCAAAAAACGAGGGUAGAUUAAAAUUAUCAAAUGGAAGUUUCACAAUUAAAAAAAUAAUUUCAAAUGCAUUGAUUCUAUGUCUAUUGAUAACCACUUAUUUUGUAGCAUAAUAAAGUUAAUAGUUAGUCUGUGUGUAUUUAUGGUGCAAUGUUACUUUAUAUUCUUAUAUAUUUUUAUAACUAUAUGCAUAUAGAAUAAAUAAACGUUUAAUUAUUCUUUUAAAA